CACACAAACACUUGAGACAGUCAAGAUCAGACACCAAGAUGCCACCAAAAGGAAAGAAAGGUGGUGGCAAGGACAAGGGAGAGGAAAAACGCGAAGAGCCUCUUCAAGCAGUAAUUUUCGCCGACUCCUUUGAGACCAGAUUCAACCCCUUCACCCUCGAGCGACCAAGAUGUCUACUUCCGCUAGCUGGAACACCAUUAAUCGAGUACACACUGGAAUUCCUCGCAAAUGCUGGGGUGGAAGAAGUCAUUCUCUAUUGCGGCAAUCAUACUGAAGCCGUCGAGGAGCACUUGAAUCACUCCAAAUGGAUUCUCCCAACGUCGCCAUUCGAGCUACAAAUCAUAAGAUCAAACUCUAGAUCGGUGGGCGACUGUAUGCGAGAUCUGGACGCCAAGGGUCUCAUCGAGGGCGAUUUCAUCAGUGUUUACGGCGAUGUCGUGGCCAACAUUCCCCUGGAGGGCGCGCUCGCGGCUCAUCGCGCCAGACGCGAAAAGGACAAGUACGCUAUUCAGACUAUGGUCCUCCGAGAGGCAACAGCAUCUCAUCGCGCACAAUCGAAGCACUUGCGACGAGUGUUUGUGCUCGACUCCGAAACACAUCGUUGCGUGCAUUACGAGCAGCUGCGACCUGGCGAAAGUGCCUUGCUCGACAUUCCAGGAGAAGUGCUGGAAAAUCACGUCGAGCUGGAAGUCCGCGAAGAUCUAGUUGAUUGCGGUAUCGACAUCUGCACACCUGAAGUGCUGGCACAAUACACGGACAAUUUCGACUGGCAGCUCCCGCGACGUGGUUUUCUGUAUGGUGUCUUGAAGGAUUUUGAGACCUUCCAGCACACUAUCCACACUCAUAUUGCGACAGAAGGAUACGCGGCACGGGUGAAGAACCUCCAAACCUUUGACGCCAUCAGCAAAGACGUUGUGUCGAGAUGGACGUACCCGCUUACACCAGACAUCAACCUCGUGGCCGGCCAGUCAUUCCAGCUGUAUAAGGGCAAUGUCUACAAGGAGGAUGGUGUUGUGCUGGCAAGGUCGAGUAUUGUCAGUCGUCGAACCGUGCUUGGCAAGUCCACUUCUGUGGGUGAACACACCACUAUCACCAACAGCGUCAUUGGUCGACGUUGCAUAAUCGGAAAGCGAGUGAAGAUCGAUGGUGCGUACAUCUGGGAUGAUGCACACAUUGGCGACGACGCAGUGAUUGGGACGGCAAUCAUCGCGAACGAAGUUUCGAUUGGCCGGAGCUGCAAAGUGGAAGACGGCGCCCUCAUCUCAUACGGUGUGCGUAUAGCCGACGGUACUGGAGUACCUGGCGACAAGCGCAUCACUACGCUCAAGCGCAAGAGAGGAUAUGAGUCCGACGAGGUCAUCAAGGCGCCUUCUGAUCCCAAGAUCGUAGGCGCAGACGGUCAUGGUUAUCACAUGCAGAUUGACGAAGAUGAAGAAGAGCUCGUGGAUUCACUACUCUCUGGAGUGCAGAACCUAAACUUCACCAUGGACGAAGACGCAAUCUCUGAGCUGGAGUCCGAAGAUGACGAGGACGAUGACUUCUCCGGUCAUCACGUCCGACGAGAAUCUAGGAGCGAUAGCUUCGCCUCCGCCGAUUCCGAAGAGAGCAAGGAGACUCGAGCGAAAGCUAGAGACUUUCAUAACGAGGCAGUCGCCAGUCUUGUCGACGACAUGGUGAAGGGUAAUGAUCCAGGCAACAUCAGUCUCGAGCUCAAAGCCCUUAUCCUCGGCUCAAACGCCCAAGAUGAUCAGAUCCGACGAGCAACAGCCGUGGCAUUCGGUAAAUGCGUCUCAACUCUCAUCGAAACCGGCCAAACACCGAAUUCGGCCGUCACGGAACUCCUCCCUCUAUACUCUGGCCUCAUUACGAGCAUUGUCAAGGAAGAAAACGAGCAAGCGGAAUUCUUACUCUUCUUACAACGCGAUCUGGUCAACCGCGCCCAAGGCUCGAAAAUUCUUCUGUUCAUGUCCAAUGCUCUCGCUAAGGACGAUGUCAUUGAGGCAGAAGGUUUUGAGGCGUGGUGGAAUUCUGAGAAGAGUGUGGAGAGUGCGCAGCUUGAGGAUGUGAGGAGGGAGACGAAGCAGUUGGUUGAUGUCCUCUGUGCUGAUGAUGAUGAUGAGAGUAGUGAGGAGGAGGAUGAGGAUAGUGGUGAUGAUGAUGAGUAAGAGUUAUUUAUGCUCGCGAUGCACGCAUGCGUCAAGGUUUCUGAGCAUCGCGACCGGAGGCUUCGUUUACAUAUAUAGUCUCCCACUUUCCGACUUCAGUGGGCGCAUAUUAGACCACGGAGCUCUGCACCGUUGCGAAUCCGAAUCGAAUCGAAGUGAGGAACAUUUCUGCGGAG